AUGGACAUUAUUAAUGCUAAUCAACAAAGGAUAAGAUUACGAAUAUAUCUUUUCGGUUCCGAAAAUGAAGAAAAACUACAGACUAAUAAUUUGAUAUUAAAUACUCCAUCAGUUUUUUGUUAUUUUGUCGAACUCAAAGAAGGUCAGUUUUCGGUGUGUUCGUCUUCUUGUUCUAAAGCUCGACUUGAAAUUUUUUCUACCAUGGACGACACAUCCUUGGCUAGUAAACCUCAUUACCAGAUAUCAUUUUAUUGCAAUAAUGAAAAUUAUCGGCAUAUUCCUGGUUAUACCCUGUCUGUACCGACUGAUAUCACGGUGAAUAAAUUGAAUGCACUGGCAAAUAAAACUUUGAACGACAACUCUGAUAAAAAAUCUCAGUCAGUUGAUUUCGAUUUUCUCAUAUCAAAUACCAUAUUACGAACAUCUCUAGAAGAAUUUGUUCAGGAAAAUCAUGUACCUGUGGAAACAGUAAUUAAAAUAGAAUGUCUUGUGCAAGAGCCUUCUCCAAAACCUGGUUUUGAUGUCACUCUUCCAGAUUGGGUUGGAGCAGUAAGAUGCAGUAACGACUUCAUCGCCUCUACUACUUACAGUGGUGAACUGUCUUUAUGGAGCUCAUCCGGAAAGAAACUAGCAUCAUCAACUUUGCAUGAAGAAGCUGUAAAAUGCAUGGCAAUUCUACCCGAUCAAAUAGGGAAUCGAAUUGUCACAGGCGGACAUGAUCAAGUUUUGAUAUUGAGUGAUAUAGAAAUAAAUGAUUCAAAAUAUGAUAUCAAACCUUCUUGUAUACUUCGUGGUCAUGAAAGGAGUGUAGAAUCAGUGGCUGUAAAUAUCGAUAGCACUAGAUUAGUUUCAAGUGGUUUUGAUAAGAUGUUGAAAGUAUGGAAUACUGAUAAAGAUGAUACCAGUACUGUUUUCGAAAAACAAGAUAGCUUGAAAGUGAAGAAGAAAAAAGUCGAUGUUAUCACUAAGAUUCCUAUGGUCACUUUAGCUGGUCAUAAAGAUGCUGUUGUCAGUAUUGUUUGGUCUCCUAAUUCUGCAAAAGAAGUGUUAACAGCGUCUUGGGACCAUACCAUAUCUAUUUGGGAUUUGGAAUUAGCUGGUCAGUUGAGUACCUUGACAGCCAAAAAAGCUUUCACCAGUAUGUCGGUUUCCUCUACAAGUAGUAUGCUUAUAACUGGAUCAGUGGACCCCAUUGUGAGACUGUGGGAUCCAAGAAGUCAUGGUACUGAAGGAACGUUAGUGAAGCAAUCAUUUAUUGGUCAUACCGGUUGGAUUUCAUCACUUUGCUUUAGUAAAACAAAAGAGAAUCUUUUUAUUUCUGCUAGUUUCGACAAAACAGUUAAAAUGAGUAGCAAAACUGCGUUGUAUGAUCUUGUGGGCCACAGUGAUCGUAUAUUGUGCUGUGACUGGUCAAUCAGUGAACUGAUUGUAAGUGCAGCGAUGGGUAAAGGCUUCCAAAAUUUUAUGAGCAAGAAGGAUUUCCAUCCUAGCGCGUGGUGGAAUAUCAAAAGGGUAUGGGAGGCACGUCAGAAAGACGAGAUGGAGAAGAAACGUCAAGAGGAAUUACGUAUUGCAUAUGAACGAGAGCAAGAUAUUCUUAAUAAUAAAGCUCUUUUGGGUGAUGAGAAAGCACGCAUGGGUCUUUCAUUUAUGUAUGAUGCGCCGCCUGGUAUCAACAAAAAAGAAGAGGAUAAACCAGAGCCGAAAUUCGAAUGGCAGAGAAAAUAUAAUGCACCAAGAGAAGAUUGGGCUAAGAAUAAUGAUGCCAUAACUGAUCAACCUUUUGGUAUACAAGUCAGAAAUGUCCGAUGUGUGAAGUGCCAUACUUGGGGACAUUUAAAUACUGACCGUGAAUGUCCAUUGUACAACAUGAGUGGAAACUUUGAAGAUCCAGGAUAUGCUAACAAUCCAUCUGACUUGUUCAAGCAGUUGCAAAAGGAUCGUGCAGAAAGCGAAGUGGUUAAAAAAUCAAAGGAAUUAAAAAAAUUUGCAUUUAAUCGUGCUGUCACUACUACUGAUGAUGAAGAAAAAGAGCAGUGGGAAGAAAUGACAUAUGAUCAGUUGGCAGAAAAUAUGAAAGAAGAGCAUGGAUUAACUCUGAAAAAUAGCGUUUUUCAAAAUAUGCGUGCUGAAGAAAGUAUUGUGAAUAUGGGUGCAACAACAACGGCUUCAAAUUCAGAGCAAGAUAAAAUGAUUGCGUUUUUCAAUACUCUCAGUGACAAAGAAAAACGUAAACUGACCAAAAAAUUACUUUCGGCUACAAGUAAUAAACGUGAAGAAAGAAAGAAGAAGAAGAAGAAGCAUAAAAAGGAACGAGUGAAGAAAUUGAAGUCUGAGGAAAAUGAAAGAAAGAGAUCUGGAAAAAGUCUGUUUCCCUCAAAAAUUCUCACUCAAGGCGAUGAAGGAGCUGAUUUCUGUAAUUAUUUUCACUUCUGGUGUAACUCUUCUAUUGAAUGCUGCAGUUUUUGGUAAUU